CAAAAAUGUACACUCCAAUGAUUUUGUUGGCCAUCGUUGGAUGCGUCAUGACAGCCGUACAUAGAAUGCAUAUGAAAAGGAUCACACCGCCAAUGUUUGAAAUGAUACGUAAUGGAACCUAUGAGAAGUUUGUAAGCGAGAUGAUGAAACGACAAGCAAUUUACAAUGUUUAUGGGGAAAUUCACAUAGAGGAUUUAAUUACAUAUUCCGACAUGCAAUACAUUGGUGAAAUCACGAUCGGCGAUCCUCAACAAACUUUUCGAGUAGUCUUGGACACAGGCUCUGCCAAUCUUUGGGUACCUGAUGACUCCUGUUACAAGUUGCCAGAUAGACCCGAUCAUUGCAAGAACUCGUUUUGUGAUUUGGGACCGAUCUGCGAGGUGUUCUGCAGCGAUCCCUCAUGCUGCGAGGUUCAAAAUAAAACUCAUAUUGGAAAUCCCUGCGGAAACAAAGCGCGUUUCAUAGCGGGAAAGUCGAAAACCUAUGAAACGGUUAAAGGAAGUUGGAGUAUAAAGUAUGGCACAGGAGACGCUACGGGCUUUUUCGGCAGGAAUACGGUACGUUUUGGCGCGCAAGGUACUGACCAACUUGUUGUUCCUGGAACUACAUUUGGACAGGCCAAAACUAUUGCGAAGUUCUUCGCUAAUCAGCACCUUGAUGGCAUUUUGGGACUUGCAUUCACCGAACUUGCAAGAGAGCAUGUUAUUCCACCACUUAUUCGUGCUAACAGUCUUGGAUUGCUUGACAAACCAAUUUUUACGGUGUAUUACAGCAAAAAUGGAUACGUUAAAGACGUUUAUGGAGGAACCAUCACCUAUGGUGGUUUAGACACUAUAAACUGCGAGGAGGAGAUUACCUACGUACCUCUCUCGUUGGCAAAGUACUGGCAAUUCAAGAUAGAUGGAUUUUCCGCUAGAGAUUACAAAACAAAUGAGACAACAUGGGAAGGAGUAUCAGAUACAGGGACAUCGCUGAUUUCUGGACCAGUUGCGGUAGUUGCAAAGCUAGCCGAACGAUUGCAUGCAAAGGUCAAACUCUCUUACUUCCUCUACAUACUCGACUGCAAUGCGGACGCUGAAGUGACCAUCAGAAUUGCUGGAAAGGACUACCCUAUCACUGCUAAAAACUUGCUCGUC